CUGUGAGUAAUGCAUCUGGGAGAGCAACAAUGAAGAAGAGAAUGAUGAUCCAAAAUUUGAUAAAGUGACUAUUCUCAUAUAGACGCUUUUGAAACAACUUCAUUGAUCUGAAUCUCAUUUAAUUAACCUCCUCCCAUAGCAGGCUUUUGAUCCCCCAGCAUUAUUUUCUUCUAGAGGUGUGCUGCAAAUCUUGAUUGGCUUUCACCUUUUAGUGAAGGUUUAGGCCCAGCGGCACUCAAAGCACUAUUAAGUAAAACAACCGGUUAGUUUUCACCUCGACAAAAUUAGACUUAUCCCGCGCAACAAUAUACUUUAUAGUAAAAAAUAUAGUUCAUUUUGAUACUUGUACGUCGUUGUCUGCGUCGUGAAAGAGCAAGAAUAAGUAGUAGAGGAGAAACAAUGACGAACACAGAGAAAGUCUCGUUGCGGGGCAGCGAGUUCUUGUUUCAGAGAGCCGCAAGCGCGACUCUAGAGUUGCCAACAGCAGCACUGAAAUGGGACGUAUCAAAAAUCUAUGAAAUGUAAAUGGUUACUUUUACUAAAAAAUCGUAUCCGACGUUUUUGGAUCCGUAUCCCAACUAAAGUACUUUUAGGUUCAUUAUAUAUCUAGCUAAACUAGCUAGCUAAGCCAGGAGAGAGGGAGCAAUCGGAGGAUCCGGAGGCUCUGGACGACUUGGGCCCUAGGUAAUGGUAAACGUCGGAUACGAUUUUUAUGUAAGUAAAAGUAACGGUAACCAUUUACAUUUCAUAAAAUCUUCGACCCCGAAGAUGAAACCAAACUAAAUCCAAUUAAAUAUAAGCCUAUGCCAGGAAAUUACGUUUUGCUGAGAGGACACUUGGGCAGCCUUAUACGCCGUCUGGAGAAAGCAAGGGGCGUUUUUUCGGGCAAGCGCGGCAAAUAUGAAUUUUUCCGUGGUGAUUUCGACGAUAUGCUCAGCAAACUGCGUAGCCAGGACAGUCAAUGUCUGCUACGUCUACACGAGCCACGUAUUUUUUAUCGCUAUUCACUUCUGUGCUGCUGUGUAGGUGUACCAGGUACUUUUACAUAGGUAUGGACGCAGUGUAUCUGUAUUGCAGUAGUUUCUAUUUCCACGUAUUGUUGUUCCUUGCAGCACCAUGCAUUUGAAAGAUGCAUCCAUUGUACACUAAACAUUUACAUAGCUGCGCAGCUGGCGCCAGAGGACUUCGCGCGUCAUCUCAGAACGAUUCGGGAUAUCCUUUUCAAAACUGAUGGUAGUGGUGUUAUUUCUGCGAUGAUCAAAGAGAAGAACCUGAGCUUAAGGGUUGAAGCAUUUCAUUUUUACAAGCCAAAUGAUCUUCAUCAUCUUCACCUGAGAUUGCUACUAAAAAAUGAAUUGUUUCAGCCUUUAAUUAUAGCAUUAUUAGCGAGAAGAGACGACAGGGCCCAGAAGCUGAAGAUAUUGCAGAACGACUUCUGCUCCGUACUAGGAGAUGUGGAUUCGUCGCCGCUCAAGAUGCUUCACGCAGAACUGAGCUCCGCAUUGGACUACCUACCGGAGAGACCCUUGAACGAGGAAAGGUUAGCCAAGAGUUUUCUCGGCAAAGGCAUAAAGCACUGCUCCUCGUCCGGGAAGAAGAACGUCCAGUUUUUCUCCGCUUUUGAGAAAAGACCAGCACCAAGCUCGUGGAUGGCGUUACCGCGUGAGGAUCAUGGUGCUCCGUUUAUCGUACUUAGCGGUCUAUGCUUGCUUUUUCUCCUGUCAUGUGCAGCAUACUUGAAGCGCCGAUCUCGCGGUGUCUGAAAGGGGAGCAAAGCGGCGCCGGUUACGAGUUGUAGUUGCCUUACUAGUGAAAAUUUAUUCGUGUAGUACUACCAGGUUGGUAAAGAUUGUCUUGAGAAUUUCGAUGUUCGUUCAUCAACAAGAACAUGCUGAAAACCGUACAAGUUAAUCGAGGUAUAAUUACUAAGUAGAAGAUGAAGUUGAUCUACUAUCUUGAAUGAAGUGCAUGAAUGAGAUGCAUAUACGGCUACAAGAAGAGAAGACGAAACGACAGCAAAAUCAGAUCUAGGUCACAUAGAUUUAGGUACGCAAUUUGUUCAUCAUUUUAUUACAUCUCAUGUUCGUCUUCGGUUCGUAUUCGAGACCCUCGUAUUUCUUAUUUAUUAUUUGUAAUGGUAUUUUCGUCUUGCAUCAACAUCAUGUACAUCUAGUACUUCUUCUUGAUCCGUCAACAUAGACAUACACAUAGCCGCAACGGCGACCAUAGAAAACAAACAAGUAAGUCGAAUAUGAAAUAAUCAUCAAUCAUCAUGCCGCCGACAAAAAGGAAAAUGAAAGUGAAGAUGUAAGUUAGGGUUGCUUCUAUGGAAUGCAACAACACAACAGGAUGCUAAUAAUCCUCAGAAAGUAGAGUAUAAAAACAGCUUCUAUCGAUUCCAAUUCCAUGUAAAAUCUCGUCAAUUGUUGGGCAUGUUGUCUUUUGCUAUCAUCUGCUGCUUCAUGGGAAUGAAUUUAAUUCAAAUUCAUCUGAUAUAAUUGUACAUACUUCGAUAUCGAUAAUAUGAUCACCAUGCAUGCCAAGAAACAAAAACAAAAAUCACACGACACGACAAAGCCACGGCCAGAAUGUAAAAUCGUAAUUUUGGGUGCUCCACCUCAUCAAACAUAUUACAAUAAUGAAAAGAUGUGAAGAUGAUGAUAAGGCAGCGGAGGUCGUUGUU